AUGAUACCCACAACAGAGUUGAUUGAUACUGCCAGAAUGCCUCUCUGUACUUACACGGUGCGGAGGGGUUCGGUGAAUGGACCGAUUGUGACCUAUGCAAGUGUGGGGGAGCCUGUAUUUCAUGUAUGGCAAUGCGAUUCAGACAUGUUUUCAAUGUUAGUCCACAAUUGUUUUGUUGAUGAUGGGGCUGGAAAGGAUCGAAAACCUUUAAUUGAUGAACGUAAAUAUUUUUUGUGUGUGAAAUUAUGUUUAUGAAACUGGGAAAAUCUAG